AGAAGAGAUUAACAUCCCUUCCCUUCCCUGGUGAUCUUAAGGUUUGCACCCCCCCAGGACUUUGAUGUCAUGAAGGGGGGGAUCACUGAACAAGGUAGAGAAUCAGCUUUGCUUGCUUGGUGGGGGUAUACUGUGUGGCCAGUAACGCCUGUAGUCGGCCUCUUUCUACCUGGCACGGUUCUGGGGUCCACCUGAGUCCAAGGACACCUCCUCCAUGGUUCUCUCUCGGCCAACAGGCCUCAGCGCGCUCCCGCUUCCUCAGGGCCUUCUACCGCAGGACCCGCACACUGCGGCGGGACCUCGGCUCCCUUUUCCCCUCCCCGGCGCACGGGAAGCGCUGGUGCCGGGGAAAUUGGGCCUCAGAGGGCGGCGCACGCCAUGCGGGUACCGCAGUUCCCCGCCUCGGCCUCGCGCCUGCCGCCCCCGCGGCACGGCCAGCAGCAGCCCCAGUGAGGAGGAAGAGGCGGAGGAGAAGGCACCGCCCCCUUGGCGAGCUCGGCGCCCCGGCGGCCUUGGCAGGACCCAUGGCGGAUCUCUCGCCCGCGCCGGCCCCGCGGGAAGGCGGCCCCCGUGCGUACCGGCCCUCGGCGCCCUCCCCGCCGCCGCGCUCUCGCUCCGGUUCGGAGCCCGACGAGGCCGAGCUGUCGCUGAGCCUGGCCCGCACCAAGACCCGCUCGUACGGCAGCACGGCCAGCGUGCGGGCGCCGCUGGGCGCCGGCGUCAUCGAGCGCCAUGUGGAGCACCGGGUCUGCGCCGGAGACACGCUGCAGGGCAUCGCGCUCAAGUAUGGAGUCACGGAUUGAAUGGCUGUGAGGAGGAGCAGAGGCCCGGAAAAAGAGAUGUCCAGCUCUUCCUUGGAUGGAUCGUGACGGUCUUACUUUCUUGUGAGAUGGAACAGAUUAAGCGGGCCAACAAACUGUUUACCAAUGACUGUAUAUUUCUGAAGAAAACCUUGAGCAUCCCAAUUCUAUCAGAGAAGCCUUUUACUUUUAAUGGACUUAACUCCGUCGAUUCUCCAGAAAAGGAAACUGUUGACAGCAGUUUUUGUCAUGAAGAGGAGACUGUGGUGGCUGGGGAAGAGCUGCCUUCUCCCAGUCCUCAGGACCCAGGCCCCGAACCUGCCCAGCCUGAGGAAGUGUCUGCUAGAGAUUUCCUGCAGAGACUUGACUUACAAAUUAAGCUAUCAACACAGGCAGCCAGGAAACUCAAAGAAGAGAACAGGGAUGAAGAAAGCCCCUAUGCUGCUUCCCUUUAUCAUAGUUAGUGACUGCUGGACGUCUUUUUAACUCAGAUCAAAAAAUGGCUGGACCCUCAAGAAUUCCCAGGCUGGGGUUCAGAAGCAAUGCCACGUCUGGACUCCCGUAGUGCACAUCUUCGAGCCACAGUUAAGCAGACCAACUGCAGCUGCACUGAAGUGAUCACUUCCUCUGGCUUCCCGUAGUUAAGUCUUACCAUGGCAUGAUAGCAAACCUGUACUCCAAAGCCUGUCACUUUUGUAGAUGGUGGUAGUUUUAGACUGGCUUUUGUAGCUACAAAAAGCAUCAGAGACUUUAUAUAUUUAAGCCAAAAGCAAUGCUUAUUUCCUGGUGAGAUACUAAAUGUAUGAAAAACAUGGUGGCUGUAAAGUGAUAAUGCGUUUGCUGUGUGUUUAUAACUCAAGUGCUAUAAUAUAUAUUUCAAUAUCACAUAUUCUGUACUACUGUAAAGAACCAGAUUUUGUCUGUUAUUUUGUAAAAGUAAAAUACAAAUGUCUGGGUGAGAAAAUAAACUAUGUUUUCACAUAGGA